AUGCCACUGCAAUCAGUCGUACUUAACGAUGCAAACACAAAUGGUUGGGAAGAGUUCCUCUCCUCAGAACGUCAUAGAGUUGAUGAACUUGUCGAAAUCAAGCGCGAUAAGGCAAAUCAUCGGGUUCAGCCCCUGAAACUUCCUAUCGCAAAGUGUUCGGACUUCUUCUUUUACCAAGCUCUUGGUCGUGGAGGAUUUGGUGAAGUUCGACUCCUACGUCAUAAGACUGCUCAAACCUGGCAUGCUGCAAAAAUCCUCUUGAAAACAUCUGUUAUCAGCAAGGGUCAUGUUACUCAUGUCAACAGUGAACGAGCCAUCUUGGCUCUCUGUGAUAUGCCAUUUAUUGUUCAGUUGAAUUUUGCUUUUCAAGAUAUGAAGAGGCUUUAUCUGGUGAUGGAAUUCGUCCCAGGAGGUGAUUUAUUUACCAUGUUGAGACACCUUCAUCGAUUUGAUGAACGACUGACUCGGUUUUAUGGAGCACAAGUUUUGAUGGCUCUGGAAUAUCUUCAUCGUUUGCAAAUCAUCCAUCGAGACGUUAAACCUGAGAAUAUUAUGAUCUCACAUAAUGGGUAUAUCAAAUUAGUCGAUUUUGGAUUCGCCAAAUUCGUAAUCUAUCGCACAUACACAUUCUGUGGAACUCCGGAAUAUCUAGCUCCAGAAAUACUGAGACAUCAGGGAUAUGGAUUUUCGGUUGACUGGUGGGCUUUUGGAAUUCUCUUAUAUGAAAUGAUGGUGGGCGCUUCUCCAUUUGUCUCCCGAUGUGUUGCUAAUACCUACACAAAGAUUCUGGACCCACGAAAAGACCCACUCGAAGCUGUGAAUUCAAGUAACGUAGUUAGGAUGAGUGAUAGUCUGCGACAUCUUCUGAGACAAUUACUUCAACGGGAGGUAUCCCGGCGUUAUGGUUCUUUAGCAAGAGAGGGACCAAGAGAAAUUAGAAACCAUCCAUGGUUCCUUAUGGUAGAUUGGAAUGGUCUCUUUGAACAGAGACUCUCACCACCUUAUGACUACUCGAUGACACCAAGGCACUCCGCUUCGAAUGAGCAGGGCACUCAUAAGACUGCUGAAAACAAUUUUGCAGAAUUUGAGGAAUUUUGA